AUGGUGUUAGACGAGUCUACGCAAAGAGUGCUAUCAGAGCUUCGAAGGUCGCGAGGUGUAGUGAAGGCGUCUCUCACGCGCGUGCGGAAGUUCGUGGAUAAUUUUAAUCCAUUGGAGCAAGCUCUAUCCCUGUUAGAGUUUCGUCAGGAGGAGCUUCCUCGUAUUUGUAAGAAAUUCGAAGAUAUACAAGCGCAGUUAGAGCUUAUCGCCGAGGAUGCCGAGAAGGAGGAAGAAGAACGUGAUUGUUUUGAGACAGAAUACUUUGACCUUCGUUCAAGGAUCCAAGAAAUUAUAAAUGCAGCCAAGCCUCAGAGCUCGACGGCGCUAAAUUCUUCCUUCAGAACCACUGGAAGUAAUAAGCCAAAUUUAGCGCCCAUCGCAUUGCCGAGUUUUAAUGGUGAUAUAAAGCAUUGGGUAUCAUUUUAUGACGUAUAUCGCGUUAUGGUGCACGAUGAGGAUAUGUACUCACCAGCGCAGAAACUUAUGUAUUUGCGUUCAUGUUUGAAGGGACCAGCAUCGGAACUGGUGCAAUCAAUUCCUAUAAGCGAUAGCAAUUAUAAGGUUGUCAUAGAGCGAUUAAAACAAAGGUAUGAUAAUCGAAGUCUUGUGAUACAGGCCCACAUAAGGGAAUUAUUAAACAGUCCAAAGGUAGAAGCACCGUCAGCCAAAGCACUUCAAGCACUCCAUGCUCAUGUGUGUACCCACGUUGCUGCACUCCAGGCAUUACAUCAACCCGUCGAACAAUGGGAUGCUUGGCUGGUGACCAUUAUUGCUUCAUGCAUGGAUGGUGCGACUGCACAGGAUUGGGAAUUACGAAGAAUCAAUAAUGACUUACCAAAAUACGAAGACCUCGAAAGGUUUCUUUCAAUUCGUGUUAAUGCGUUUGAGAAUUCAGAGGCGUGUAUGAGGAAAUCAAUAAUUGUUCCCAGCAGUAAUGAUGCUUCAAAAAAAUCUUUUAGCACAAAAAAAAGUUUGGCUGUAACGGAAGGAAGUGUUAGAUGUCCGCAAUGCUCGGGUAGUCAUCAAUUGUUUAGGUGUGACAAGUUCAAGGCUGCAACAGUGAGUAACAGAUUAACGUUGGUUCGAGAAUCACGUCGAGGUCACCAAAAUGUACGGGCCGGGUACGGACAAUAA